UUACUGGCCAAGCCCUCUCCACUACUCACUUUAACUCCACUGUGACUGUAAGACAUACAGUGGGACUGUUAUAGCUUUAUGUUAUAUGGUAUGUCUGUAUGAAAGUAGAGUCGGUUAAUAGGUGAGCUUUGAACCUGCUAACUUUUUUUGACAACACAUUAUUACACGGAUGCUGCACAUUUCAGGGCUCUUUACAUAAACUGGGGAUAUGAACCUCUCCAAGGUCCAGGUCUUGCUGGUAUGGAUCCUCAGUGUAUUUGCGGGUCCAGUGCACUGCUCAGAAGAUGAGACUAAUCUGGUGAAGAAACUGUUCACUGGUUACAACAAGGUGGUUCGACCUGUUGACCACUUCAAAGAAGCCGUUGUGGUCACCGUGGGACUGCAGCUGAUACAGCUCAUCAGUGUGGAUGAAGUUAACCAAAUUGUGACCAGCAACGUCCGUCUCAGACAGCAAUGGACUGAUGUGAAUCUAAAGUGGAAUCCUGACGAUUAUGGAGGUAUCAGAAAGAUCCGAGUCCCUUCAUCAGACAUAUGGAGACCUGACCUGGUGCUAUACAACAAUGCUGAUGGUGAUUUCGCCAUCAUCCAUGAAACUAAAGUCCUGCUGGAGCACACUGGGUUGAUAACAUGGAACCCCCCGGCUAUCUUUAAGAGUUACUGCGAGAUUAUUGUCCUCCAUUUCCCAUUUGACCUGCAAAACUGUAGCAUGAAACUGGGAACCUGGACAUAUGAUGGACUGUUGGUUGUCAUUAACCCAGACAGUGACCGGCCUGACCUCAGUAACUUCAUGGAGUCGGGGGAAUGGGUGUUAAAAGACUACAGGAGCUGGAAACACUGGGUUUACUACACCUGCUGUCCAGACACACCAUAUCUUGACAUUACCUACCAUUUCCUCAUGCUGCGACUGCCUCUUUAUUUCAUUGUCAACGUCAUCAUUCCCUGCAUGCUGUUCUCUUUCCUCACUGCACUGGUCUUCUACCUGCCUACUGACUCUGGUGAAAAGAUGACUCUGUCCAUCUCCGUCCUGCUGUCUCUUACUGUCUUCCUGCUGGUCAUUGUGGAGCUGAUCCCCUCCACCUCCAGUGCUGUUCCUCUUAUAGGGAAAUACAUGCUCUUCACUAUGGUGUUUGUCAUCGCCUCCAUCAUUAUCACCGUCAUUGUCAUCAACACACAUCACCGCUCGCCCAGCACACAUACCAUGCCCCCCUGGAUCCGCAAGGUUUUUAUUGAAACCAUUCCCAACAUGAUGUUCUUCUCAACAAUGAAGCGUCCCAGUCAGGAGAUCCGGCAGAAGAGAUCGUUCCCCACUGACAUGGACAUCUCAGACAUUUCAGGUAACCCCACCCCCACCAGUGUCACCUACCAGUCUCCCAUCGCUAAAAACCCUGAUGUUCGCAGCGCCAUUGAAGGAGUGAAGUACAUCGCUGAGACCAUGAAGUCAGACGAGGAAUCUAACAAUGCCGCAGAGGAGUGGAAGUUUGUCGCCAUGGUUUUGGACCACAUCCUGCUGUGUGUCUUCAUGGCCGUUUGCAUCAUUGGGACGCUCGCUGUAUUUGCUGGGAGACUUAUCGAGCUCAACACGCUGUAGAGGCCUGACCCUUGAAGGAGUGUUUUUUUUUUUGUUUGUUUUUUUUUACAUCAGCAUAGAUGUCACAAUUGGAGUUGCAUCAGUAAGUUGUUCAUCAUGGACAGAUUCCAGUUAGCCUAACCCUGUCCUCACUGACAGAGCCUGCAGAUAAAGGGAUUUUAAAGGUAUCUUGCGAUGAGUCCUGCGAUCUAGAUGGGUCAUACUUGAAUCUAUUUUUGCCACUACAAUUUUCUGUUGUGUUUUAUUUGUUUUUCUAACCUGUUUGUUCAGGAUUCUUUUUUUUUUUUUCUUUUGGUCAUCACUCCAGAGGGCUCUCUUAGUUCUUUUUUACAAUAUGACUCUCAUUUAUAAGCCAUAACAAUGAUAAUUGUGUUGUGUCUAUUUUUGGCAGCUUCAAGAAAGAUUGGGGUCAGAGCAUGUCGUCUACAUUUUCAGUCAAAAGACAAACAACUGUCUGUUAGAGAAGGAGGAUGUGUUCGGUUUGUUAAGAAAAAGAGCUGCUCAUUGUUUUUCAAACGCAGUGGUAUACACUGAGUCUGGUUUGUACUGGAGUGCAGGCAAGAUAUUUUCCUGUGUGGGAGUUUUAUUGUUUUGUGUUUUGCCUGACACUCAUUAAACAUCUAAACUGUA